CGUCGCGCACGUCCAGACCCAAUCCCGCACAACCCCGCACUGAGCGCCGCCGUCGACGAUGAAGUUGGAUUUCAAGUUCUCGAACCUGUGCGGAACCGUAUACAAGCAGGGAAAUGUCCUGUUCACCCCCGACGGAAACUCGAUCGUGAGCCCUGUCGGAAACAGGGUCACUGUAUUCGAUCUCGUCAACAACAAAUCUGUUACCCUCCCUUUCGAGAACCGCAAAAACAUCGCACGGAUGGCUUUGUCUCCGAACGGGUCGCUUUUGAUCACAGUCGACGAAGACGGCCGGGCUCUCCUUGUCAACUUCCAGCGACAUAUUGUUCUGCAUCAUCACACCUUCAAGGAGCCUGUUCGUGAUAUCCAGUUCUCCCCGAACGGCCGCUACCUCGCCGUGACCUUUGGCCGCCUUGUUCAAGUGUGGAAGACCCCUGGGUUCACAUUCGAGUUCUCUCCCUUUGUCCUGCACCGUACCUACGGCGGACACUACGACGACGUGACGCGGAUCUCGUGGAGUGCCGACUCGCUGUACUUUGUCUCGGGUGGAAAGGACAUGAUUGUGCGCAUCCACUCUCUCGACCCGACCGAGGGCUUUGAGCCGUGCUCGCUGGCCAGCCAUCGCGAUGUCAUCGUCGGCGCCUGGUUCAGUCAAAGCCAGGACGCCGUCUUCUCGGUCGAUCGUGGCGGCGCCUUGAUCGAGUGGAGACGCCAACCCACCGACCAGAGCAAUCAAGAUAGCGACAGCGACGACGGCAAUGUUGGCGAUCGCAAGCGAGUCAAGGCCGCCAAGGGACAGGGCCACAAGGCUGCGCCCAAGCCCGAAACCAAGUGGAAGAUUGCAAACAAGCGCUAUUUCGACAUGAAAGCCAAAGUCGUCGGCGUGGCCUUCCAUGCAGCCUCCAACCUGCUGGUCGCUGGGUUCUCGACGGGUAUCUUUGGUAUAUGGGAGCUCCCUGACUUUAACAACAUUCACACGCUCAGUAUUUCGCAAAAGAAGAUUGACACCGUCGCAAUCAACGCUACCGGAGAGUGGCUGGCCUUUGGCGCCUCAAAGCUUGGCCAACUUCUCGUGUGGGAAUGGCAGUCCGAGUCAUACGUCCUGAAGCAGCAGGGCCACCAGUACGACAUGAACUGCCUGGCCUAUUCCCAGGACGGCCAGUACGUUGUCACCGGCGGCGACGACGGGAAGGUCAAGCUGUGGAACGUGCAAACCGGAUUCUGCUUCGUCACCUUCACGGAGCACACCGCCAGUGUCAACUCGGUCGAGUUUGCCAAGCAAGGACAAGUGAUUUUCUCGGCCUCACUCGACGGAACCAUCCGUGCGUUUGAUUUGGUGCGCUACCGCAACUUCCGGACGUUCACGUCGCCGACGCCGGUUCAGUUUGGCUGCCUUACGGUCGAUCCCAGUGGCGAAAUCGUCUGCGGCGGCAGCAUCGACACCUUUGAGAUCUACGUGUGGUCGGUGCAGACAGGAAAGCUGCUGGACAUUUACUCUGGUCACAAGGGUCCGAUUUCGUGCAUGACGUUCUCGCCCACCGACGGCAUUCUCGCCACCGGAUCCUGGGACAAGACGGUCCGCGUCUGGGAUGUCUUUGGCAGAGACAUUUCCCCCGAGUCCUACGAUCACCAAUCCGAGGUUUUGGCGGUCGCGUACCGGCCUGACGGCAAGGAGGUUGCUGCGACGACCCUCGACGGCCAGAUCAGCUUCUGGGAGGUCGAGAACGCCAAGCUCAAGUACACGAUCGAGGGUCGCAAGGACAUCAGCGGCGGGCGCAAGACCGCCGACCGCACGACGGCGGCCAACUCGUCAUCGGGCAAGAGCUUCACCUCUGUCUGCUACACCUCGGACGGCCAGGGAAUCAUUGCCGGCGGCAACUCCAAGUACGUUUGCAUCUACGACAUCUCCAGCAAGAUCCUGCUGAAGCGCUUCCAGAUCUCCAGCAACCUCUCGCUCGAUGGCAUGCACGAGAAGCUCAACAGCAAGAACAUGACCGAGGCCGGCCCCAGGGAUCUCAUCGACACCACGGCCGAUCUGAGCGACCCCGAGGAUCGGCUGGCCCAAACCCUGCCUGGAGCAAAGCGCGGCGACCUCAGUCUGCGAACAGUGCGUCCCGAGGCGCGAACAAAGUGUGUGCGCUUCUCGCCGACGGGACGCAGCUGGGCAGCAGCCUCGACCGAGGGCCUGCUGGUCUAUUCGUUGGACGACCAGCUGAUCUUUGAUCCGUUCGAUCUCGAGAUCGACAUCACUGCCACCACGGUGCUGGAGGCGCUUGCAAUGCAGGACUAUCUCCGAUCGCUGGUCAUGGCCUUCCGCCUGGGCGAGGCCAAGAUUGUCCGGCAGGUGUACGAGACCAUUCCGCCAAGCGAUGUCCUGCUCGUGAGCCGCAACCUGCCGAGCAAGUACCUCGGAAAGUUUGUAAAGUUCCUGGUCGGACACAUGGAGGAGAAUCCACGUAUCGAGUUCCAUCUCUCGUGGAUCGUCGCUCUGCUCAAGUACCACGGACGGUUCCUCAAGGAGCACUCGAACGAAUUUUCGAGCGCACUGCGAGGGAUGCAGAAGGUGAUAUCCAAAGAGUCCGAGGACCUCAGCAAAGUAUGCAACGACAACACCUACACGCUACAAUAUCUCACCACCAAGGCAAUCCAGGCUGGAGACGAGAACCUGGCGCCCCUCGAGUCGAUGGAGUUGGACGAAGUCGGCAUGGACGACAUUGGGCUGUAAGGGGCACCUGACGACGCUGGGAACACAUCCUGAACCCUCCCCCCGCGAUCGGGAGAUGAGUAUCUCUGGGAAAUGGUUGAUAAAAUAGAACCAAGAGGCAUGCUUGCCCCGAGAGAGUCCAUCAAUAAGCGCCAGGGGGAAUGGAUGCUGCACUUGGGUGGAUUCAAUCAACUACUG